AUGGGAAAUUGUAAUAACAGCAAAGAUGUAAAUUUUGAUGAUGUUUCAUGUAACCAUAAACAAAUUAUAUAUAGUGCCUUCCAAAAAUGAUUUUCAUAUGCUUUUUGUUAUUGGUAGAGGAGGAUUUGGAAGAGUUUGGAAGACUGAGAAUAAAAAGACUAAAUAAUUAUAUGCAAUUAAAGAGAUGAGCAAAUGCAAGUAUUUAAUAUCUUAUCAUUUAGAAUUGUAAAUAAAAAGAGUGUAAGUUCUGUCAUGAAUGAAAAAUAUCUGCUGAGUAAUUUAAGACAUCCGUAAUAAAUAUGAUCUAAAUAGAUUUUUAGUUAAUAUGCAUGCAUCAUUUUAGGAUAGAGAAAAUUUGUAUUUGGUAAUGGAUUUGAUGUAAGGAGGGGAUCUAAGAUAUCACUUAUGUAAACAAAAAAGAUUUACUGAAAAACAAACAAGUAAAUAUUUUGAGUCUAUUUUAAGAGUUCUUUAUAGUUUGUCUAUUAAUGGCUUUGGAUUAUUUACAUACUAAUACAAUCUUACAUAGAGAUGUCAAACCAGAGAAUUUAGUCUUCGAUAGAAAUGGUUAUUAUUCAAAAUCUAAAUUAGGUUAUUUAAGAUUAACUGAUUUAGGCAUAGCCAGAAUCUGGAAACCUGAUAAUGAAAAUGAUACUAGUGGAACUCCAGGCUAUAUGGCACCAGAAGUAAUGUGUAGAUAAGCCCAUGGAGUGGCCUCAGAUUACUUUGCAGUAGGAGUCAUUGCUUAUGAAUGCAUGUUUGGAAAAGUAUAAAUUUUAGUUCUAUGUAGAGACCUUACGUAGGCAAGACCAGAAGGGAAAUUAGAGAUUAAAUUCUAGCUAAAUAAGUCUUAGUUAAAUUAAAUUAAAUUCCAGAUGGAUGGUCAGAGGAAUCAGCUGAUUUUAUUAACAGAUCAUUACAAAGAAAGCCAAGUAAUCGAUUAGGAGCUAAUGGUCCAGAAGAGGUUUAAAAUCAUCCUUGGUUCAAAGAUAUUGAUUGGACUUCUUUCUUUAAUUAAACAGUUGUUUCUCCCUAUUAAAUUAAUGUAAUAUUGGUUAACAUAUUUAUAGUAUAAUCAUGAUAAUUUUGAUGCUAAAUUUGCUAAUAUGAGAGAAGAAGAAGACAAUCAAACUAUUCAAUAAAAUGGUUUAAUGUUAAGAAGACAAUCUGUUUAAGAUCUUUUCAAUGGAUAUACAUUUGAUCAAACUAUUACUUAAGUUCCUUUUUAAAAUACUUCUGUUACUAAACCAACUAUACCUCAUUUAAAUACAUAAUAAUUAACAUCGGCUAGAAGGACAAACCUUGAAGAUACAAAUCCAUAAUUAUCGUAGAUGUCAUCAAAAAAAUAUCAUUUGGUCUCCUCUACUCCGAGAUUGUAAACGAAAUCAAUGUCUUCUAGUUAAAAACCAUAAACAGAUAGAAGUCAUUUUUCAAAUAAAUUCUAAUUCAAUUGA